AUGAACCCCGUCUUCCGGAAGCUGCAGGUUUCUGUCUCCCAACAUGCUCUCAUGCUGAAUAGAAGCCUUCCAAUAUGCAGGUCCACGCCGUCCAUCCGGCACCCCGUGUGGUGCGCGGCGUCCGCUAACGACCGACUAUACAGAAGCAUGCCGACCCACGGGAUUGGCCGGUGGAGGAAUUUCUUACCCAAGCAGGCGCCAAAGAAAAAGAAGGACAAGCAGCAGAUGAAGCAGAUCGUGGCGGCGACCGGCACGGCGCACGGCACCCUGAACGUGGCGGUGUCUGGCUACGACAUGACGGUGGUGGAGCACUACUCGCAGUUCAUCCACAACCUCUGCAACCGGCUGGGCGUCAAAGUGGCAGAAAGGCGAGUUCCCCCAUGUCCCGUUCCGAGGCGUCCCUACGCGCUGCCCACUGAAGCCACGGAGGUGCUGCUGGUCCAGGAGCAGGGCGCCAAGACCUACGUGGACGCCGUCCUGAAGACCCACCGGCGGGUGGUCCAGGUGAAGCCCCGCCCCCCGCCGCCGCUAGAGCGCGAAGCCUCCGGGCCCGUGCCGAGCGCCGGCCGCUCAGUGCUGCCCUCUCUGUGUGUCCAGGUCAGCAGCCUGGAUUCCACCCUGUGUCCCGUCUUCAUGGACGUGGUUCUGAAGAAUCAGCCGGAGGGCGUCCAGCUCUCUGUAAAGGAGCACACGGAGGCAGAUUACCAAGCCCGCUUCAAGGCACGCCCCGAACUGGAAGGCCUCAUCGCCCAGAUGAACCAAUAG